CAAAGGAACGAGAAGAAGCAGGUUUGAUUUUCGUUCCAAAAAUUUUCAACAGUGAAUGCUUUGUGUGACAAAGUAGAAAUGCUGGUUGACUCACCAACGAGCAAGAGUGAUGAAAUCAACCGUUGCCUCAAAUGGAAACGAUGGCUUCUGGAAGCCCGCGGAUGAGGCCAACGAUGAAACGACUGGCGCCACAGCCGUUUUCAAUUUUUCAUCUGCCCCUUUGGCCCAACAGCGCAUGCUGCUACCCAUUCACAAACACAAACGACAGAUUCUGUACGCUCUCGAGAACUUCGGUGUCGUUGUCAUUGUCGGUGAAACGGCAUGUGGUAAAAGCACGCAAAUACCCCAUUAUUUGAUGUCCAAUGGCUGGUGCGACAAUGGCUUCCAAAUAGUUUGCACGCAACCCAGACGGAUCGCUGCUCAAACUUUAGCAGCACGAGUCGCCAAAGAAGUGGGAAGGGGAAGUCUUGGAGCCACUGUUGGAUACACAGUGCGUUUCGACGACCGAACAUCAGAAGGUUCCAAAAUCGUAUACGUCACGGAUGGAAUUUUGUUGCGGGAAGCAACACUCAGUGAUCCAUUGCUAUCCCGAUAUAGCGUAGUCAUGGUGGACGAGGCUCACGAAAGAAAUCUCAAUUCCGAUGCACUCUUGGGGCUUCUCAAAAAGAUUCGGCGCAAGCGUCCAGGUUUGCGAAUCAUCAUCUGCAGUGCAACUAUCGAUGCAGAGGCUUUCUUGGACUUUUUCGCCCCAAAAGCAGGAAAACCAGAGAAAGUCUUAUCGAAACGCCGUCGUCGAUGGGACAAUGUAGAUGGCGGUAGGGCUACUACAACUUCGCUGCCAACAAAAUUGAACAAGGGAACCAUAAUAUCUGUUGAUGGUCGUCAACAUUCUGUUGACAUCUUUUAUCUGGAUAAGCCAAGUAGCAAUUACCUUCGUUCAACGGUUGAAACGGCACUGCAUAUUUGUAAAAUAUCGUCAAAGAAAUCUGAUGGYGAUAUUCUAUGUUUUUUGCCMACUGGAGAGGACGUUGAUGAGGCCAUUAGAAUGGCCGAAGAAGUUGUUGAUAGCCAGGAACCCCAUCUCGCCCACGACGUAGUGUUUCUACCACUUUAUUCGAAUCUACCCUUCAACCUGCAAGCUCGUGUCUUCCGGGUCAACGGACGAAGGGGCGAUGGGGGCAACUUUGUUAAAAAAAAACGUAUAAUUUUUUCUACAAAUAUUGCCGAGACAAGUGUGACAGUCCCUGGUAUAACACACGUCAUAGAUAGUGGACUUGUGAAGCUUCCAUAUUUCGAUCCAGAGACGGGUUUUGAUCGCCUCAUCGUAGUACCGAGCAGUCAGGCCAGUGCCAAGCAACGGGCUGGGAGGGCGGGGAGGAUUCAAGCAGGCCAAUGCUACCGAUUAUACACCGAAUCUUUUUUUACGGACAAAAUGGAAAUAUCGACGCCACCUGAAAUUUUGAGAACGAACCUAUCUAGUUUCAUUCUGACGUUGAAGGCGUUAGGAGUUGAUAACAUUCUUGGAUUCGACGUCAUGGAUCUUCCGGGUGUAGAUGCUCUUUCUCACGGAUUAGAAUCGCUUUAUGCAUUAGGUGCUAUCGAUGAUGACACAAAUAUGACUGUCUUGGGAAUGGACAUGUCCUCGUUUCCUACGGAGCCACGGGUCUCUAGGAUGCUGCUUGAAUCAUUGAGAGAAGAGUGUUCGACAGAAGUAGCAGGKAUUGCAGGUGCUCUUCAAGUGAGAUCACUGUUCCUUACAAUGCGUGGAAGUUCAGCUGGAAGACAACARCGGCAAUUAGAUUAUGACAAUGCUAUCUCGGAGUUUGCUGACUCGAGUGGAGAUCAUGUCACGUAUGUCAAUGUUUUAUCAGAGCUGGAUGAUCGACGAUUGGAUCGYGAAGARUGCACUUUGAAAUUCUUAGAUUAUGUKGCACUCAAGCGGGUUGUCGAAGUACGGGAUCAAUUGCUGCGCCAUUUAAAAAAAUUUGGACGAAUUCGCUCUCUCGGAAUGGCAACCGUUGAAGAGCGAAGGGAAUCGAUACUGAAGAGUUUGACAUCCGGAUUCUUUUUCAAUGUUGCGAAGCUACACAAUGAUGGUAAAUAUUACACAAUAAGAGGAACCAAUCACAUACUUGUGACACCGAGCUCCUCAAGUAUUUUCCACACAUACGGAUCGCAUGCUGAAUAUAUAAUCUUUUGCGAAACCCACGACGGUGUCAGGGGGGGUAUAGAACUUCGAGCCGUAUCGGCAAUCGAUCCUCGAUGGCUCAGGGAAUUGGCUCCUCAUUAUUGGCAUUAGCCUCUAGCAUAAUCAGCAAAAAUGCAAUAUUUGAAGUAUCAAAAAUAGAAAUCACAUUUAAUCUUCCUGAGCGGGACAASAACUACAGGCACUACUGAUAAAAGGCAAAUGAUACCGAAUAAUAAGUGCAGUAAUGU